AAUUCUUUUCUUGAAAUUUUCAAUUUUUUUUUUUUUUUUUUUUUUUUUAUUUUUUAAUCCCACAACAAUAUCUCAUAUCUCUUUAUCCCUCCCACCUUUUUAGCUUCAAUAGAUUGUCAUAAUCAUCAUCGGUCUUCAAUUCUUCUUCUCCCCAAUUCAUAAUCAAUAAAAAAAAAAAAAAAAUUCUGAAAAAUGGGUUCAGAGUUAGAGAUAUCAGAGCCACUGAUUGAAGAAUCAGAGGGAAAAAUCAAAGAAGAGGAUUCAGAAGAAGGAAAGAUCCCAGAUUGGCAAGAUCAAAUAACAUUGAGGGGUUUAGGCGUGAGUGCAUUGUUGGGUGCCCUUUUUUGCAUAAUUACCCACAAGCUCAAUUUGACAGUUGGAAUCAUCCCUUCUCUGAAUGUUGCUGCUGGGUUGUUAGGGUUCUUCUUAGUCAAAUCUUGGACAAGUUUGCUCACUCAAUUUGGGUUUUCUGUUAAGCCCUUUACUCGCCAGGAAAACACUGUCAUUCAGACUUGUGUUGUUGCUUGUUAUGGCCUUUCCUUUAGUGGCGGUUUUGGUUCAUAUUUGAUUGCUAUGAAUGAGAAAACAUACAAUCUUAUUGGCCCCGACUACCCGGGUAAUCGAGCAGAAGAUGUGAUAAAUCCUGGUUUGUGGUGGAUGAUGGGUUUCUUGUUUGUCGUUAGCUUUUUGGGACUUUUUAGUCUUGUCCCACUUCGUAAGGUCAUGGUGAUGGAUUAUAAGCUUACAUACCCAAGUGGGACAGCCACAGCUAUGUUGAUUAACAGCUUUCACACAACAACAGGAGCUGUGCUUGCAGGGAAACAAGUGAAGUGUCUUGGGAAGUAUUUGAGCUUUAGUCUAUUCUGGAGUUGCUUUAAGUGGUUUUUCAGUGGUAUUGGUGAUUCAUGUGGGUUUGAUAACUUUCCGACUCUUGGCUUAACACUAUUCAAGAAUACAUUUUACUUUGAUUUUAGUCCAACUUAUGUGGGAUGUGGGCUUAUCUGUCCGCACAUAGUGAACUGCUCUGUCCUACUUGGUGCAAUUAUUUCAUGGGGUUUCCUCUGGCCCUUUGUUUCACAACAUGCCGGAGAUUGGUAUCCAGCUGAUCUUGGAAGCAACGACUUCAAAGGACUUUAUGGAUACAAGGUCUUUAUAGCUAUAGCCCUCAUUCUCGGAGAUGGUCUCUACAAUUUAAUCAAGAUCGUUGCUAUCACUGUAAAGGAGAUUAGCAACAGUAGAAGCAAAGAGACGCUUCCCAUCAUGCAAGAGUUACCUGGCUCAGUGGAUUCAAAAUUGCUUCUUGAACAAAAGAAAAGAGAUGAAAUAUUCUUGAAAGACCGAAUACCUACCUGGUUUGCUGGGGCAGGAUAUGUGGGCCUUGCUGCAAUAUCCACAGCAACAAUGCCGCUGAUAUUUCCACCACUGAAGUGGUAUCUUGUUCUAUGCUCAUAUAUAAUGGCACCUGCAUUUGCUUUCUGCAACUCCUACGGAACAGGACUUACAGAUUGGAGUUUAGCUUCAACCUAUGGUAAAAUUGGUCUUUUCAUGUUUGCUUCCAUAGUUGGAUCUAAUGGUGGGGUCAUAGCUGGUUUAGCAACUUGUGGAGUAAUGAUGUCAAUCGUCUCCACAGCAGCUGAUCUUAUGCAAGAUUUUAAGACUGGAUACCUCACAUAUUCUUCUGCGAAAUCUAUGUUUGUGAGUCAGUUAAUUGGAACGGCUAUGGGUUGCAUACUUGCCCCUCUUACAUUCUGGUUGUAUUGGACUGCUUUUGAUAUUGGGUCACCAGAUGGUCCUUACAAAGCUCCAUAUGCAGUAAUAUUCAGAGAAAUGGCAAUUUUAGGUGUAGAGGGGUUCUCAGAGCUACCUAAGUACUGUCUGGGUCUUUCUUGUGGGUUUUUUGUUGCUGCACUUGUCAUAAACUUACUGAAAGAUGUGACUCCAACUAAAGUUUCAAAAUUUAUUCCUGUUCCAAUGGCUAUGGCUGUCCCAUUCUACAUUGGAGCAUACUUUGCCAUCGAUAUGUUCGUUGGGACUGUAAUUCUGUUUGUGUGGGAGCAGAUAGAUCUUCAAGGUUCUGAGGAUUUUGCUGGCGCUGUUGCUUCUGGUUUAAUAUGUGGUGAUGGAAUAUGGACAAUACCAUCUGCUAUCCUCUCCAUUUUCAGGAUUAACCCUCCAAUCUGCAUGUACUUCGGCCCAACUGCUGUUUCUAGUGGAACAUGAGUUUUAUCUGCUGUUCCACACUGGUUUGUAAAUUUGCUAAUCACUUUCUUGUAAAGUUCUAUUUAUGCUAUCAUAUACGGUACAUCUUAGGAUGGAUGAAGAUGUAUGAACAAAAUCAUUAUUCAAAAUGGUUGUUUCGUUAGACGUAGAAAUGCAAUGCAACUUCCUUUGUUAUCGCCAA